AUGGCCAGCGAGAAAGCCCGCUUCGCAGAGGAAGUCGCUCAAGUCGAGCAGUGGUGGAAGAGCCCCCGAUUCGCGCGAGUCGUGCGCCCGUACACCGCCGCAGAGGUUGUCGCAAAGCGUGGCACUCUGCCAAUACAGUACCCUUCCAAUGUGCAAGGCAAGAAGCUUUGGUCAUUGCUGAAUGAACACGCCAAGCGGGGUACGCCAUCGCACACCUAUGGAGCUCUCGACCCGGUUCAAGUGACUCAAAUGGCCAAAUAUCUCGAGACUGUGUAUGUUUCGGGAUGGCAAUCGUCGAGCACGGCCUCCAGCACCAACGAGCCCGGUCCGGAUCUCGCCGAUUACCCUUCGAACACUGUGCCCAAUAAGGUUGAGCAUUUGUUCAUGGCUCAACUCUUCCACGACAGGAAGCAGCGCGAGGCUCGCUCUAGAUUGUCCGAAACGGAACUCACAAAAACUCCCUAUGUGGACUACCUCCGACCAAUCGUUGCGGAUGCUGAUACCGGUCAUGGUGGUUUGACCGCCGUCAUGAAGCUCACGAAGAUGUUUGUGGAGAAGGGUGCUGCUGGUAUUCACGUAGAAGAUCAAGCCCCAGGGACCAAGAAGUGCGGCCAUAUGGCUGGCAAGGUUUUGGUGCCCAUCCAGGAGCAUAUCAACCGCCUCGUCGCUAUCCGUCUGCAAUACGACAUCAUGGGUGUCGAGAACUUGGCUAUUGCCCGAACUGAUUCGGAGGCUGCCACCCUCAUUACUUCCAACAUCGACUCCCGCGACCACCCCUUCAUCCUCGGAUCGACCAACCCCUCUCUUCGACCGCUGAACACCGUCAUGGUUGAGGCGGAGGCCGCUGGCAAGAACGGCGACCAACUCCAAGCGAUUGAGGACCAAUGGGCUGCGGCUGCUGACCUGCAGCUUUUCUCUACGACUCUUGCUAACGCUCUCAGCAAGCAAGGUGCCAAUAGGGUGGCACUAGACAAGUUCGUCGCCCGCGUAUCCAACGUGUCCUACCCCGAUGCUGUGGCUAUUGCUCAGAAAGAGUUCGGCUUGAAGAGCGUCCCGUUCUGGGACUGGGAUGCCCCAAGAACUCGCGAGGGCUACUACCGAUACCAGGGCGGAACGCAAUGCGCCGUUCACCGCGCCAUCGCCUUUGCUCCCUAUGCCGAUCUGCUGUGGAUGGAGACAAAGAAGCCCAUCCUGGCCCAGGCUCGCGAAUUCGCCCUCGGUCUGCACGCCGCUCGCCCAGGACACUGGUUAGCGUACAACCUGAGCCCUUCGUUCAACUGGGAGGCUGCCGGUCUGACAGAGAAGGACAUGGAGGCCUACGUCUGGGAGUUGGGCAAACUCGGCUUCGUCUGGCAGUUCAUCACGCUCGGUGGUCUCCACUCGAACGCGUACAUCUCCGACCUUUUCGCUCAGAACUUCGCCAAGACUGGCAUGAAGGCUUACGUCGAGAUCGUGCAACGCAGGGAGCGCGAGAUCGGCUGCGACGUGCUCACCCAUCAAAAGUGGAGCGGUGCUGACUAUGCUGACAAUCUUAUCAAGACUGUCACUGGUGGUGUUUCGUCGACGUCUGCCAUGGGUGCAGGUGUUACGGAGUCCCAAUUCACCUCGAAGCUGUAA